CCAGUCGAAUCUGUGAAGCGGACCUACCAGGUGUCCACUGCUGUGCUCUGUGUGUGCUCUGUGUGUGUGCUUAGUUUUGUCUGGUUCUGGCCAACAACCGCCAGCCAUGGGUGCGAUGUUUCGGAGCGAAGAGAUGAGCAUGGUGCAGCUGCUCAUCCAACCGGAGGCUGCUUAUCAAUCAGUGGCCGAGAUGGGCGAGUUGGGCAUUGCCCAGUUCCGUGAUCUGAACGCCGAUAUCAACAUGUUCCAGCGGAAGUACACCACCGAGAUUCGUCGGUGCGAGGAGAUGGACCGCAAGAUCGGCUACAUUCGGCGGGAGAUCACGAAGGACUCGGUCACCAUACCGGACAUGCCAGAAGACAUUCCGCGAACGCCGAACUCGCGCGAAAUCAUCGACCUUGAGGCGCAGCUCGAGAAGACGGAGAACGAAAUCGUGGAAUUGUCCGAGAACAACAGUGCGCUGCUGCAAAACUUUAUGGAGCUGACCGAGCUGAAGCACGUGCUGGAGAAAACGCAGGUGUUCUUCUCGGACCGGUCGAAUGUGCAGAACCUGGAGGCAACCGGUGGUGAGGCAGCCAACGACGGCAAACCGCUCGGUUUCGUGGCGGGCGUUAUUUCGCGCGAACGCAUCAUCGGCUUCGAGCGUAUGCUGUGGCGCGUGUCACGUGGUAACAUUUUCCUUCGUCAGGCCGUGCUCGAAGAGGCGCUGGUUGAUCCGAAAUCGGGUGAAACCGUCAAUAAGAUUGUGUUCGUUGCGUUCUUCCAAGGUGAGCAGCUGAAGAGCCGUGUGAAGAAGGUUUGCACCGGCUAUCAUGCCGCUCUGUACCCGUGCCCGAGUGAGUCGAGCGAACGCGAGGAGAUGCUGCGUGGCGUUCGCACACGCAUCGAGGACCUCAAGAUGGUGCUGGGACAGACACAGGACCAGCGACAGCGCGUGCUGCUGAACGUGGCCAAGGAGGUGCCCACCUGGGAGAUCAUCGUCAAGAAAGUAAAGGCAAUCUACCACACAUUGAACAUGUUUAACGUGGACAUGUCGAAGAAGUGUCUGUUCGGGGAGGCCUGGGUACCGACGGACUCGCUGCAAGACGUGAAGGCCGCCCUGGUGGCCGGGUCGUCCUCGGUGGGCAGUACUGUGCCGUCGUUUCUGAACAUCAUCGAAACAAACGAGGAUCCACCGACGUACAACAAGACGAACAAGUUUACGCGCGGUUUCCAGAACCUGAUCGAGUCGUACGGAAUCGCCACGUACCGCGAAGCCAACCCGGCCCUGUACACGAUCAUCACUUUCCCGUUCCUGUUCGCCAUCAUGUUUGGCGAUCUCGGACACGGGCUGAUCCUUUUCAUGCUCGGCAUGUGGAUGGUGCUGUGGGAGAAAACGCUCGACAAGAACAAGGAGGAAAUCUGGCAGCUGUUCUUUGGCGGACGCUACAUCAUCCUGCUGAUGGGCAUCUUCUCCAUGUACACCGGCUUCGUGUACAACGAUCUGUUUUCGAAGGGCAUGAACAUUUUCGGUUCGAGCUGGAGCAUCAACUACAACACGUCCACCGUCAUGGAGAACAAGGAGUUGCAGCUCAACCCCACGGAUGAUUACUCGGAAACGGUUUACUGGUACGGGUUGGAUCCGCUGUGGAUGCUGGCCACCAACAAGAUCAUCUUCCUGAACUCGUUCAAGAUGAAACUGUCCAUCAUCUUCGGCGUGGUGCACAUGAUCUUCGGUGUUUGCAUGAGCCUGGUCAACCACAACAAGUUCCGGCGGCGCGAAAACAUUCUGUUGGAGUUUAUCCCGCAAAUCUUGUUCCUGGUGGUGCUGUUCGCCUACAUGUGCUUUAUGAUGUUUUUCAAGUGGAUCAUGUAUACGGCCGUCACGGACGAGGAUCACCUGAAGCCCGGUUGCGCUCCAUCCGUGCUGAUCAUGUUCAUUAACAUGAUGCUGUUCAAGAGCCAGGAACCGCUGGAAACGUGCAAAGAGUAUAUGUUCGACGGCCAGGACACGCUACAGGUGAUCUUGAUCGUGUUGGGCGUAAUCUGCAUUCCGUGGCUACUGCUCGCCAAACCGUUCUUCAUCAUGGUCCAGCGCAAAAGGAAGAGCGCUGUGAAUCACGUGGCCGAAGCCAAUCACCAGCAGCAGCAGGCGUCGUCGUCGAACCACCACGACGAUGAACCGAUGAGUGAAAUUUUUAUCCAUCAGGCAAUCCACACGAUCGAGUACAUCCUCAGUACGAUCUCGCACACCGCUUCGUACCUUCGGCUGUGGGCACUGUCGUUGGCUCACGCACAACUGUCGGAGGUACUGUACAACAUGGUGUUCACAAUCGGCCUGUCAAACGAUUCCUACGUCGGAGCGAUACUGAUUUGGCUCGUCUUUUGGCCGUGGUCGGUGCUGACCAUCGGCAUCCUGGUCGGUAUGGAAGGGUUGUCCGCUUUCCUGCACACCCUUCGUUUGCACUGGGUCGAGUUCAUGAGCAAGUUCUACGAAGGAUUGGGAUACGCCUUUCAACCGUUCUCGUUCAAGGCCCUCCUCGAGGAGGAAGAAGUCGAGUGAAGCUGAGCCGUUGUUACUGUAGCACGCACCGAUCGAACGAUCGGAUCCGCGAAUCAUAUUCGCUUAGAGGCCAUUCAGUUCAAUAAACGAUG